CGGAAGAAUGCUGUUCAUUGCCUGGAUUCUGAGUUCAAUGUUUAUUCAUGCAGAUUUGCAUGUUUAAUUAUCGAAUGUUCCCGCCAAAUAGCUGCCAAAAAUGGGAAGGUAAUCCGAGGUACCAAGAUGGCUGCUACUGCGACGACGGAGAACCCAAACUUUGGUAUUCGUAUAUACCCGCAAGGCUGUUUAGAAAGACCACGAUGACAAUUCGCUUUAUUUACGAUGGACGAACUUUCAAACAGCAAAGACGGUUCCCAUACAGAGCUAAUGAUACGCUGUUCGUCAAGGACCUAAUUGACCGCGGCCACAUAACUCGACCCAAUCACAAGUCUACUAACAGAUCCGCACGCAGGCUGACAAAUCUUCUGCUGGAGUUGAGCUCAGUGGUUCUGGCCUUUGGUACCGUGGCUUCUUUCAUGACUUAGACUCCGAUCCUACUGACCGAUGUCCAGUUGGGUGUGGCCGAUUAAAUAUAUGAACUAGACAUCUCUAUGGCAUCAUAAGAUAGAAUGUCCAAAAGCUCAUGUUUAUUGUUAGAUAAUGUUUAUAAUUAUUUUUUAAUUAUUUUAUCAGUAAAAUUAAGUUUUUCCCAAACAUUAUGUCCAUUUCUUCAACUCCAAACACAAUCUUGGUUAAUAGCAUAAUAAAAC